AUGCAACUGCAUCGCCUAUGUUUGCUGUGGGCUUCAUGCGCAAUGUUUCUGCAAGGCAGGUCUGUGCUCUGUAAAGAGAUGAAGUUCCCCAGCAGGGCUCCCAAGCCCCCCUCUCCGUCGGACUUUCUGGACAAGCUGAUGGGACGCACGUCCGGCUACGACGCGCGCAUCAGACCCAAUUUCAAAGGUCCCCCCGUCAACGUCACCUGUAACAUCUUCAUCAACAGCUUUGGAUCCAUCACUGAAACAACCAUGGACUACCGGCUAAACGUGUUUCUCCGGCAGCAGUGGAACGACCCACGGCUGGCCUACAAGGAGUACCCGGACGACUCCCUGGACCUGGACCCGUCCAUGCUGGACUCCAUUUGGAAACCCGACCUUUUCUUUGCCAACGAGAAGGGAGCGAACUUCCACGAGGUCACGACGGACAACAAGCUGCUCCGGAUAUUCCAGAACGGGAACGUCCUCUACAGCAUCAGGCUGACGCUCACACUCUCCUGCCCCAUGGAUCUGAAAAACUUCCCCAUGGACAGCCAGACGUGUACGAUGCAGCUCGAGAGCUUUGGCUACACCAUGAAUGAUCUGAUUUUCGAGUGGCUGGACGUUGGAGCGGUGCAGGUAGCCGAUGACCUGAUGCUCCCUCAGUUCGUGCUAAAGGAGGAGCAAGGUCUGGGUUACUGCACCAAGCACUACAACACAGGCAAAUUCACCUGCAUUGAGGUCAAAUUUUACCUGGAGCGUCAGAUGGGCUACUACCUGAUCCAGAUGUACAUACCGAGCCUGCUGACCGUCAUCCUGUCCUGGGUGUCGUUUUGGAUCAACAUGGAUGCGGCUCCCGCCAGAGUGGGUCUGGGCAUCACCACGGUGCUCACCAUGACCACACAGAGCUCGGGGUCCAGGGCCUCCCUGCCCAAGGUGUCCUACGUCAAAGCCAUAGACAUCUGGAUGGCCGUGUGUCUGCUGUUCGUGUUCGCUGCACUGCUGGAGUAUGCAGCCGUCAACUUCGUCUCUCGGCAGCACAAGGAGUUCUUCAGGCUGAGGAGGAAGCUGAAGGAGCAGCAGCGACAGCGAGCGCAGGGAAGUGGUGACAGCAAAGUGAAAGGAAACAACACACCAGGAAGCAACGCUGCUCCUGGGAAUGUCACGCAGCGGUGCAGCGCCUGCGCCAGGGAGGAGGAGCUGGCGCAGCAGGGGUUUCUCUUCCAGAGUUUUGGACUCUUGUCAGCGGGAACCGCGCCAGAGAUGGAUGCGACGCCAGUCUUCGCUGAUUUACCUCCUGGGUUGGGUUUCUAUGAUAUCCGACGGCGCUUCGUGGAACGGGCGAAAAGGAUCGACACCAUCUCCCGGGCUGUUUUCCCCAUGAGCUUCCUCAUGUUCAACGUCCUCUACUGGCUCACCUACAAAGUCCUACGACACGAGGAUGUCCAGGCUGUCCAGGCCACGUUGUGAAAACACACAGAGGACCACACAGAGGACACGCUGGAUACUUUCAGCUCUGCUCUCUUUACUAAAACAUUUACAGACUGAGAGUCCUCAGCUAAACCUGGCAGGAUGCGUUGUGACUGCAUGUCCAGCAGCGCCGCUGGGAAACUCCAGGACCAGGAACCGUCCAGCAGUUUUAAAGUUUUAUUACCUCUAAAGAAAAGCACUUUUUAUUAGCACUAACGCUCUGAAAAUUACACAUUUGUUUACUGUGUUUGUGUUCUGUUGGACCCACUUUGAGGAGAGCAUUUUUGUGUGUGAAGUCACUGUCGCUUCUCUCGUGUUUGGACCACGGUACAACCGGGUUCAUACUUUUUAUUACGUUCUCAGCCCCCAAACUUAGUAUCCCCUCUUCAUCUGUGAGCGUGUGCACAUGAAAAACAGAAGAUAUCAUCUGAUUGUAUUGAUCUCAGUAUUAAACAAAUACAGUUUGAAACAGCAGCAACAAAUAACUUAACAAAAUAAAGUUAAAGGAGCAUGAGGCAAGAAUAAGAAAUGAGACUCAUUAGCGCCACGACGACCGUCGGGGGUACUGCAGCCAACAGCGAAGUCGAC